AUGGACUACACGGCCGCGCUGCUGGCCGGCGGCCUUGCCGGCACGGCGGUCGAUCUCAGCCUGUUUCCGCUCGACACCCUCAAGACGCGGCUGCAGGCCGGCCCGGGACAAUUCUGGGCCAGCGGUGGUUUCUCAGGCAUCUACCGAGGCGUCGGCAGUGCCGUGGUCGGUUCAGCCCCGGGGGCAGCUCUCUUCUUCGUCACGUACGAGGGCGUAAAGGGGUGGAUGUCCGACGCCCAGCACAGUUCCGCCACCACCCACAUGCUCUCGGCCUCGCUCGGCGAGAUUGCUGCCUGUGCCGUCCGCGUGCCCACCGAAGUGGUCAAGCAGCGUGCUCAGGCCGGUCAGCACGCCUCGUCGGCUGCUGCCCUAGCCGCCAUCGUGCGUUCCAGCCGCGGCAGUCUGCCCCAGCUGGCCCGUGCCCUCUACCGCGGCGGCGGCGCCACCAUCCUGCGCGAGGUGCCCUUUACUGUCGUGCAGUUCCCGCUCUGGGAGGCUAUGCGGCAGCGCUGGAGUGUCGGUGUGGACGGAUCGACGACGCCGCCAUCUGCCGUCGCCAGUGCUGCCUUUGGCAGCAUCGCCGGCGCUGUCGCUGCUGCCGUCACCACCCCCCUCGACGUGCUCAAGACUCGCAUCAUGCUCAGCCCCGACGGCCAUCACGCGCUGCCGGCCAUGGUGCGCGACAUCCACCGGCGCCACGGUUCUCGCGCCUUUUUCGCUGGCAUCGGACCGCGCGUCACGUGGAUCAGCAUCGGCGGCGCCAUCUUCCUCGGCACGUACCAGCUGGCCGUCAACACGCUUCGGCCGGGCGAGCAGCUCGAGUGA